AUGAACGAACUGUUACUUCUCCCCCUUAAGAGUGGAAAAAAAAUCUUUUGCUUGCAAACUAAGAGGACGAAUGUUUUUUUCAAAUAAUUUAUUGAUUACUUUUGAUUUCGACUGCUUUCCCUUAUUAAUGAGUCCCUAACACUUCAAAAGGGCAUUUCAUAUUAAUAACAGUAUGCAAAGCUGCAAAGAAUAUUUAGUGGAUGAAUUUUUAAAAAACAAGCACCCUUCUCAAAUUAAUAUAGCUUUUUUCACAAACAUCCCAAAGCUUGCAAGCGAUUUAGAAUUUUCUCAUCUUCCUAUCAAUUUAAGUGAAGAAACCUUGCAUACACUCAAUGGAUUGGUUUCUCAUCAGUCCACGAAAGACAAAAUGAUCAAUUCAAGAAUUAUGGAAUCAUGCGGAAACUUACUCCCUCUUAAAUAUAAACUGUUAAAAAUAAAAAUAUUAAGUGAUUGCAAUAUUUUGAGUUUUAAUUUAUUUUUAUGAAAAAUUAAUUCAAAAAAAAAAUAUACUCAGUGUUUCAGCUGUCUAAAUAACUCUAAAUUUCCAAUCCCUCCAUUAAAUUAAGUCAAAACUCGUAUCUUCACACGACGACUAUUUCAUAACGACUAUUUUUUUUUUUGGCCUAUUUUUUUGGCCUAUUUUUUUUUGGCCUAUUUUUUUUUGGCCUAUUUUUUUGGCCGAUUUUUGACAAUUUUUUAAACUAUUUUUACUAAUAUUUGGGCAUAAUUCCAUACUAAUUGUUUUAAUAUAAUUUUUAAUGUAUUUUAAACGAUUUAACCAACAAAAAAUGCACCCUUAACAGAUUUCUUACUCCAUGAAUACUAAUUCAUUGCUUUUUAAAAUUUCGAAAAUUUUAGAUUUAAUUAGUAGUUUUUUACUUAAUUUACUAAAUAUUAAUCGCGUAAGUAAAAGUCUCUGCUUCUCAAUUAGGUUUUAGCCCUCUCAGCAGCUUCAUGAAUGAGGCUAGGCAAAAAAAUAGGCCAAAAAAAAUAGGCCAAAAAAAAUAGGCCAAAAAAAAUAGGCCAAAAAAAAAUAGGCCAAAAAAAAAAAUAGGCCAAAAAAAAAUAGGCCAAAAAAAAAUAGUCGUUAUGAAAUAGUCGUCGUGUGAAGGAACCGUCAAAACUAUUUAUAUUUUUUUCAAUGAUAAAAUUUUCUAUUAAAAAAUUAAAUUUUAUUUUAAUUAAAAGGGAGGGGUUACUAAAUUCAGAAAACUGAACCGUGAGAAUGGAAGCUGCUUAUUUAAUCGGUGGGCUUAUUUUUAUGAUGCAAGGCAGGAACAUUAUGAUAUUAAACGACGUAUUCCCACCUUUGCAAAGGCACUUAACAGAUGAGAAUACAAAUGUAAGAGAAGCUGUCGCAUGAACAUUAUGCAGGCUUUCAAAUUCAAGAGACGGUGUAGCUAAGCUUGCUGAAAGCUGCACAAUCAUAACAAUGGUAAGCGCAUUUAUCAAUUUUUCUAAAGCUCCAAAGACCAAAAAUAAGAUGUGCUUGCUAUACUUAUUAGAAGCCUUUAUUAACAUCAGCGAAUAUGAUAUAGGGAUUGAGCCAAUGCUUGGAACAGGUCUUAUGAAAAGUUUAAUCAAUUUUUUAAAACUAGCUAAAAAAUACAAGGAACAAGAAAUCGUUAUGAUAGAAAGAACCCUCCAUGUGAUUUCACAUAUAACGAUACAUCCGAUAGGGAAGAUUGAAGGGACUGAUGAAAAUGCUAUUAGUGCUGCGUCAAAAUAUAUAAAUAGCAACAGGUCAUAUGAACAAAAAAGACUAGGGACUGCAGUUAUUAUGACUGUCACAAUUGAGCUAGAAGGGAAAAACCAAGCUGUUGGAUUAAAGAAAAAUGACAAAUUUAAAGUGUUAGAGAGGCUGUUUGAGUUGUUAAAAGGGGAGCAUGAAGAUAUAAGAAUCAAUGCAAAGCAAUGCUUUCAUAAUAUUGCUGACUUGCCUGAAGGCUUUGAUAAAUCGGUCACCCUCCUUUCGUCAAAUUUGCCAAUUUUAGAUGAAGUUUUUGGUAUCAGAGCUAUAAAACCUCUCAUCAGGCUUCUCCCUAAGCUAAACACCUAUGAGAAUCCUCCUCAUAUUAGCCCUCAAAAGUUGCCUUUUUACCAGCAAUAUGUAAAAGCAAUAAAUUUCCUACUUCCCCUUUCAUUGGAAAAAUUAUAUUGAAAAAAUUUAGCACCCAUUUAUUGGGGGUGGCCAUUUUGGUGAAUCAAGAAAUCAACAAAAAAUCCCAUGAAUCCAGUGAUUUCUAAAUAAAAUCCACAAAUUCUCUAAUAUCUCCAAAAAAUAAUUCUAGAUUUCUUUGAUUUAUAUUGAUAGCUUUGGACUUUGGUGGAUGUCUUGAUCAGAUUUUUGAGAAUAUUAAUUUUUCCUCUUAAAUUGGAACUGUUUUUUUUAGAUCAGAGAGUUAAUAGAAAAAUACGAAGAUGCUGAAAGCGAAGCUAUUGACACUCCUAAUAUUUCUCAGAAACUAGGACCUUUCUUAUCUGAGGAAAGCGGGGUCAGCAAAGAGACUUCACAGAUUUUGAGGAAAAUCUGCAUAAAAGAUGCUCAUAAUAAAGAAGUCCUUAAGAAAUUUAUUAAUGACUAUGGAGAUGAAGGGAUUAAGCGGAAUAUGGUGAAGUAUCCGAACUUAAUGAAUAUAAUUUCAUAA